AUGCCCUACAGGAGGAGGGACGGGAAGCAGCAUGUGAUCGUGAGCAUACCAGAGGGCGCAGUGCCCGGCCAAACGAUGCAGGCGACCAGUCCUGAGGGAUUCAACUUUGCGUUUCAAGUGCCUGCUGGUGUUGGACCAGGCGGGCUGAUCCAAGUUGAGAUCCCUCAAGCGCUCCAGCAGCAGAGGAGAUUGAUCCAGGUGAAGGUCCCUGAAGGUGUCAUAGCUGGCCAAGAGAUCCAGUCACCAGGGCUUUGCCCCCAACGGGAUGAAGUUCAAGUGCUACGUGCCCAACGCAGCAGUAGGCAUGCUCCUCCUCCCGAUCAAAUCAGCGAACUUACGGGAGCAACAGCGGGCGGAACCAUCUUCGUGAUGCUGCCGGAGCAGCAGCAGAGCGCUGAGAGCAUGGCGGGUGGUCAACUGUCAGUUGUGAUCCCACCAGAUGCCAAACCUGGGCAGCGGCUGCAGGCCCUCGCACCCGACGGCUCCUCCUUCUUCUUUGAAGUUCCCAGCCAAGUAUCCCCUCAACACACCAUCAUCGUCACUCUUCCUCCCAAGAACAACCAGCCUAACCAAAACCAAAACCACAACCACAACCAUCACAGCCAGCAGCCACAGCAGCAGAACCCCCCGAUCGCGGCAAGUGUACGCGGAACGAGCAACGCGCAGGAGGGCGAAUCAAGUUCAUGGACUGAUGAUUACCUACACGACCUUCCGGUCUGCAUUUUGAUUGCUGUCGAUUGA